AGAGACAAGAAUAAAGAGAGAAACGCCAUUUUUUUAAAGGGCUAACGAAAGUAAACACCCGUUGAAAUUCAAGAACCGACGGGGUCGUUCGGAAUAUGUUCUUGUGGAUUUCUUUUAGCGAACGGUAUCUCUGUUCAGUGAGACGAUAGGUAUUCGUCUAUAAUUAAUGAAAGAUGGAUCGAUUGAGCAAAAAAAUAUUACAGAAAAAUAGGCUUUUAUUGGCACGAUCACUGGACAUCAGCGAACUCUUGCAAUAUCUGAUUCAGGAAGAAAUUUUAAGCGAUAGAAUGGUUGAAAAAAUCGAAUCGAAAUGCACGACUUUUGGUAAAAAUGUCGCCUUUUUAAAUAUAUUACCCACGAGAGGACCCCUGGCAUUUGAAAAAUUAGUAAAUGGUUUAAAAGAGACGCAACAGGACUAUUUAGCGGAAACUCUGCAGUUUGACGAAGGUCCCCGAGAUGAAAACUCGAACCUGCUCGAAGGACGCGACAGGACAGAUACGAAAUUCCACGCAAAAGAAAAUAUUUUGACCUCAAUGGCAAAUCCCAUAGACUCUCAUGAUGGUCCUAGCAAUUUGUUGGUCGAAAAGUCCACACUAGAAUUCUAUCGGGGAAACUACAACCGGGGAUAUAAGAUGACGUCACGACCGAGAGGAUAUGCGCUUAUCAUAAAUGUGACUGAAUUCGACAACGGAGUUGAUCUCCCGCAAAGACAAGGAGGAAAUUUAGAUAAAGAAAAUCUUGGAUCCGUUUUACAUCAUUUAGGAUUCGAAACACUUCUUGUGGAAAAUCGUACUGCCUCAGAGAUAAGCAGCUCUCUGGAGACGUUUGCGCGCAAUGAAAAUCAUAAAUCACGCGACGCUUGCGUCGUCGCCCUCCUUACCCACGGACAAGAGGGAGUUGUCUAUGGCCGCGAUGGGAAAACACUAGUGAUUGAAGAUAUAAUAUCCCUUUUCGACAAUGCUAAUUGUCCGAAUUUACGGAACAAACCUAAAAUAUUCUUUGUACAAGCGUGCCGAGGGGAUCUCUAUGACAGGGGAAUCGAUGAGAUCGACGGAGGAGCAAAGAUCAGAAAAUCUCGGUGCACAACGUCGACGUUUGAUUACAGCUUUGACGAACCUCGUCUUCCUACACGAUCGGACAUGAUAUUUGGAUAUGCAACUCAGCGAGGGCAAGCGGCAAUGCGCAACACUCAUCAUGGAAGUUGGUACAUCGAAGCACUUGUAAAAGUAUUAGCGAAAAACGCCAAGAACCACGAUCUUGCAGAAAUGCUGACAUCGGUAAAUAGCGUCAUCAAAGGAAUGCAGUGUCACUCGCCUGGAUCGGACCUUCACAAUUGCAAGGAAAUGCCCAUAUUCCACAGCACCUUAUGCAAGAAAUUGUAUUUAUUCCCUGGAAUAUUUCAGAAUAAAAAAUGAAGAUGACGGGUUUUCUGCCACCAAUCUAUUCCAAAGCUCUGUUCGUAGAAGUGCUCGAACAUAAAAGGCAGCACAAUGGUUGAACAGAUAAAGCCUCUUCGACAAAUCCAUGAAUCAAACUUUUCCUACCUUUUAUUCCUCUUGAAGAAACCUUUCUUUCAUUUUAACUCAUUGUAGAAGAUAUUGUUCAAACCCCCACUCUAGUAUUUAAUAUAUAGCAAUGCUUAAUUUUAACAAAAAUUUUAUUUAAAAAAAAAAGUCUAUUUUACGAAUACAAAACAUGUAAUCAUGAAAAAUUCUGUUUUUAA